AUGAAUUGGAAGCAAUUUGAGACAAAUACAAAUACAUAUUUCCUUCCUCAAUCCCUUUUCCCUAAUACAAAUCUAUUAUCCGUGGAUAGUGUAUCUACAGAGAACGGUCUAACAAAGCAAUCAUUCCUCUUUGGUCCUCAAAUUUCGUUAUCAAACAAAAUCGAGACAAAUAUUUACACGAGAAAGCAUCUAGGAGUUCUGAACAUCUUGCUACGAACGGAGAAAACAAUGAAUGCGAAAUAG